AUGGUCAAGCGCAAGGUCGGAGCGCUCGAGAAGGUCGAUGCAGACCUGCCCAAUCUGCAGUACAAGGUCCGACGAGACCCUGCCCAGUACCAGGCCUUCCUGCAACUUUUCAUGCAGGCCCCUAGUUCGACCGACUCCCAGGGUCUGGUCAGUCUCCGAGAGCUGAUCGACUUUGUUGCCCACUGCGCCGACUGCUAUCCCAAACUCACCGCCGACUUCCCUACCGACCUCAUGGCUCUGCUCCGUCUGCACCAUGCUGAACUGGAGCCCGAACUGCGCGACAAGGUUGUUGGCAGUCUGGUUCUGCUGCGCAAGAAGGAUAUCAUCGACUCUGCCGUCAAAGCUCUCCGUACUCUCUUGUUUACCAAGAUCAUCUCCGACCUCCGCACUUCAAACUCAAAGACCACCAACCACAAGCUCAACCGCACCAUUCAGACUGUUCUCUACAACUUGCUCACAUCCGAUCCCACUUCGGCCAAAGGUGUCUGGGCUGUGCGCAUCACCCGUGAGAUGUGGGCUAGACAAAUCUGGACCGAUGCCAAGGCCGUAGAGAUCAUGAAGGAGGCUGCCCUGUCACAACACGAGAAGGUUGUCACUGGAGGUGUGCAUUUCUUCCUGGGUGGAGACAAGGAGCGUGAGGAGAAGGCAGAGGAUGACAGCGACGAUGACGAAAACAUCGACAUGGGCAAGCUGCGCCACCAGGCCGGCAUCAACAAGAAGACAAAGAAGAAGGCCAACGAGCUGAGAAGAGCCGCCGCCACUGUCAAGCGCAAGGAGAAGAAGAAGAAGGCCCCGCACCCUCUUAAUUUCUCUGCCCUGCACUUGCUCCACGACCCCCAGGGAUUCGCUGAGAAGUUGUUCCAUCAACAUCUCAACACCCAAACACCCAAGGCCAAACUCAAGCUCGACCAGAAGCUGGUCGUCCUGCAGCUCGUUUCGCGUCUUGUCGGUUUGCACACGCUGACUCUGAUCCCUCUCUACUCCUACUUCAUCAAGUAUCUCACNCCCAAGCAACCUCAGGUCACUUCCUUCCUCGCAUCGCUUGCUCAAUCGACCCAUAACCUCGUUCCUCCGGACGCUCUUGAACCUCUGGUUCAGAAGAUUGCUAACGAGUUCGUUUCCGAGGCUGCCGCCUCUGAAGUCGCAUCAGCUGGUCUGAACGCAAUCAGAGAAAUCUGUGUCAGACAGCCGCUUGCUAUGAACGAAACCCUUCUCCAGGAUCUUGUCGAGUACAGAAAGAGCAAGGAUAAGGGUGUCAUGAUGGCCGCAAAGGGUCUGCUGAGUCUGUACCGUGAGGUCGGCCCAGAGAUGUUGCGCAGAAGAGACAGAGGCAAGGAUGCUUCGAUAGGCAUACAAAAGGGUACCCUAAAGGACAGAAAGUUCGGACAUGUCGAGGCAGGUGGUAUCGAGGGCCUGGAGCUGCUUGAAGAAUGGAAGUCAGAAGAGAGGAGGAAAAGACGCAUCGAGAAGGGUCUUGAUCCUGAUGCUUCUGAUGCGGACGAAGAUGACGAGGAAGAGAAUGAGGAAGCAGGCUGGAGCAAGUGGGAUCUUGAAGAGGACGAUGAUUCGGACGAAGAAGGUUGGAUCAACGUUGAAAGCGAUGGUGAAGACAUCGAUAUCAGCGACAGUGAAGACGAAGACAAGAAGCCGAAAGCAAAGAAGCAGAAGACGGACGCUGAAGCGCCAAAGGAUACCGAAGACGCACCCAAGGAUCCCGUUGCCGAGUUCUCCAAACUGGCCACGACCCGAAUUCUUACACCAGCAGAUCUUGCCAAGCUACAAGAGCUACGGACGAGUGCAGCCGUGUCCAAACACAUGCCUUCACAAAGACGUCAACAGCAAAGUGCUUCGGGACGUCACGCUGACGAUCCUCUCACAGCUGCUGAGAUUGAGGGUCUCGCGGCGCUGUCUUCACGCACGACCAAGGAAGAGAAGAUUGCGUUGGCAAAGGGAGACCGUGAUGAGAAGCACAUGUCUACUACAGCCAAGCGCAAGGAGAAGAAGGAGGCCGAGGGCAAGAGUACGACCAACAAGGAGAAGGCUCGCAAGAAGAACUUCCUCAUGACUUUAGGAAAGGCCAAGAGAAAGGGCAAGAGAAGUUUGGUCGACCAACGAAAGAUCUUGAGAGGUCAUAUCGAUCGGCAAAAGCGUGGUGGCAAGCGUGGAAAUGCAGGAUAG